AUGAACACUGAACAGGCGGCAAAGCUGCCAACGCCCGACGACCCCAGAUGGUUUACGGGCGCCUACAACAGCACGAUGGAGGAGUUGGGUGCACAGUUAAUCCAGGAGGAGCUCGGGCGGAAAGCGUCCAACACGGAAUCCAUACCAGAAUCAAGACAAUUACCGGUGGUACAACAGUCCACCGUCGCAGCAGACGGCGUCACGGUCUUCUACCGCCACGCCGGGCCCGAAUCGCCAACGGCACCCACCAUCGUGCUGCUGCACGGCUUCCCCAGCUCUUCCUUUAUGUUCCGCAACCUGAUACCGCACCUCGCCCUCGCCGGCUACCGCGUCUUCGCCCCUGACCUGCCGGGCUUCGGCUUCACCGACGUCGACCCGGGCCGCGACUACGACUACACGUUCCAAAACCUGGCGACGACCUUUGAGGGCUUCGUGGAAGCGCUGCAGCUGCGCCGCUUCGCGCUCUACGUCUUCGACCUGGGCGCCCCCGUGGGCCUGCGCUUCGCCCUGCGGCGGCCCGACGCCGUCGUCGCCCUCGUGACCCAGAACGGCAACCUCUACAGCGAGGGGCUCGCGCGCGCCUUCUGGGCCCCCUUCGAGGCCUACUGGGCCCACCCGACGCCUCGGAGCUGCCCGCCCGCCCGCCACGCCCUGCGCGGCCUGGUCGAGUACCCGGCCACGCGGUGGCGGUACACGCAGGGCCAGCCCUCGCCGGGCCGCGUGCCCCGCGAGCCCAGCGACCUGGACCAGACCCUGCUCGACCGGCCCGGCGUCAAGGACCUGCACCUGGACCUGUUCCACGACUACCGCACCAACGUCGAGCUCUACCCGGCCUUUCAGCGCUACCUGGCCCAGUCCCUCGUGCCCGUGCUCGCCGUCUGGGGCCGCAACGACCCCAUAUACACCCCCGACGGCGCCGUCGCCUUCAGGCGCGACGUCAGGGACAUGGAGAUUCGGUGGAUCGACGCCGGCCACUUUGCCCUCGAGGGGAACGAGGCCGACGUCGCCGGCGCCAUGUGCGACUUUUUUGAUACUUAUUACAUAUUCAGCCCCUCGGCUACAUGA